CGAAUAUGUCCGCGGCGUCUGUUUUUUAGAUUUCUCUUUUAAUUCUUGUUUCGCGGCGGCUCAGUCGGUUUCUGUUUCGGUUUGCUGACAAAAAAAAGUAAAGGAAAAACCGGUCAGCUCUUUCCAUUGGUUUUUACGUGCCCUCGCCGUCUCGUUCACGCACACGCUGCCGCCUGCGCACCUAUUUGGUUAUCUGUUGAUUGCUGCCAUACUUGCUGCGCAGCGUCCGCCCCUACCGUAUUUUCCACGCCCCUAGCCAGAGCUGGCACUAUACUGACGUUGCAUAUGGCUCCAAAUAAGCCCAAUGCGUUCAUGGCGUUCGUCGCCGACUGGCGCGCUUUUAACCGCUUCGGUCGUGGCUUAAGCACUUCAGAGGCGGUGACAAAGUGUGGGCCUAUUUGGGAGGGCAUGAGCGACCGGGAGCGCGGUCCGUACAAGUCGAAGGCUAAGGAUUCAAACGUGCUGAAGAGAGAAUCAAAGACAGAGCGUCUGAACUGUCUGGGCGUCGCCAUCUCAAAAAUGCAAGUGAAGAAAAACGAGGCCAUAGAUGCAGAGCUUCAAAUGAAGAGAAAGAUCGAACGCAUUGUUUUGAAAGCGAAAAAUUCGAUGAAGUUGGAGGAUGAGGAAUUUUUGUUUGUUAGCUUCAAUUAUUUUACGAAGGCCCUGAAUGCGGAUGUUUACGUGCCCGCUGAGCUUUCCGCCUGCCGCUUCUCUCUGAAGGGGGGCAUAAGCUCUAAUUACAGCACCAUGAUUAAUCCUGGCCACAUCAUCUUCGGACAGACCGGCGAUGCCCAGGAUCAUUCGCGGACUACGCACAAGUUGCCCUUGCCACCGAACGCCAUGGGCGAGAAAAACCUGGGAAACUUAUACAGUGAUACCUUGAAAUGGCUAUCCGCCAGCAAUGAUGAGGAAGACGAACAAUAUGACCAUCCGGUCAUUGUCUACACAACCCCAGAGCUAAUGCCGGUGGUAAAGUCUUGCUUCCGUUAUCUGGCAUGCGAGGGCGACACCGACAAACAUGCUGAAAAGAUUAUGGUCUACGACAUCUGCUACUUGUUUCUCACUUUGAAGAAGACUGUCUUGGACUUGGUUGGGGUUCCGAACGAUCACAUCAACAUCCAUGUGACUAACAGCGUCUUUAGGAGGGACUUUUUUGAAUUGAGCUCAGGGAUUGCGUGCGACUACCAUAAGGAAGUCGAUCGAUCCAAAUACUGUACCAGAAGCAUGGUUCUGCGUUGGGGAUACAUGAUUAGCGACUGCAUUUGCAGAGACCUGGCCAUUCCACUCCAGCCUGGAAAGCACGUUCCCAUUGAGGUCAAGCACAGCUACACCGUGACUCCUGGCGACUCUUCAUUAACCCUUGACGGGACUUCGAUUGAUUCAGGCUACUCUGUGUGGAGAACUCCCUAGCCUGGGUGGCCGCCGUCCAAAGUCCCCUUCGCUAAUUUGUAUGCCUAUUACACCAAUAUUAUCAUUACCUUCUUGAACUCGCUAGCAGGAAAAGCAGUCAAUUAUUUUUAAUUACAAUUCCCUUCCGCGAAGGAAAUAACAUUUAAUCUGACUUCAAUUCAAACAAAUACAUAUAUAUCUAAUAAACUAUGUAACAAUUGC